UCUGGAGAAGUCUGGAGAUCAUAUGACAUCACAUUGCCUCCACCUCCCUCCCUGAUAGAAGAGAGAAAGAAGAAGAAGAUUCUAGAAGUCACCAGAGAGAUCACUGAGCUGCUGACAGGAGAGGUUCCUAUAAGGUGUCAGGGUGUCACUGUCUAUUUCUCCAUGGAGGAGUGGGAGUAUUUAGAAGGACACAAGGAUCUCUACAAGGACGUCAUGAUGGACAAUCAGCCGCCCCUCACAUCACCGGAUGGAUCCAGUCAUGGGAACCCACCAGAGAGAUGUCCCCGUCCUCUGUAUUCCCGGGAUUCCACACAGGAAGGUCACACCAUCCCUCACCAUCAGCAGAGUGGAAUCCUCGGGGAUGAUAAUAUUGAUGUUAAAGAAGAGUAUAAAGAGGAGGAUGAGGAGUAUGGAGUGAUGGAGGAGUUUUCAGAAGGACACAAGGAUAUGAUGGAGCCACCUAAUACCAGGAACCCACCAGAGAGAUGUCCCCGUCCUCUGUAUUCCCGGGAUUCCACACAGGAAGGUCACACCAUCCCUCACCAUUACAAGGUUGGUGGGAUGGAGAAUCUAGAACAUGGACUUGUAGAGACUAUGGGCUCCAAUCACAAAGCGGUAUCUUCCCGUAUCCCAGUAUGUAGUAAGAUG